AUGGCCCUGGCGGAGACACCUUUCCGCCUCGUGCGUGCGCAGAGGGGCGGCGCCGUGUCGGCCUAUACGCAUGCGUCGGGGUCUGAGACACGCAACUUUGAUAUAAUGGGCGUCGCGGACGACGCCAUGGACGAAGAGGGCGAGCAGGACACGGGGCUGCUGGCCAUGCCCGGCCAGGGCGUGGCAACGAGCCUCAAGUACAUGCGGGGCCACGGCUGCUACCUGGAUGCGUCGCAGGCCGAGAUUGUCUCGUCGCUCAGCGGCACGAUCGAAAAAGUCAACAAGCUUGUGUCGGUGCGCCCUGUCCGCACGCGCUACCGCCCCGAGGUAGGUGACCUGGUGAUUGGGCGCAUCACGGACGUGCAGUCGCGCCGCUGGAAAGUCGACAUUGGUGCGAAGACGGAUGCGUCACUGCAGCUCUCGUCGAUCAACCUGCCAGGUGGUGUGCAGCGCAAGAAGCUCGAGUCGGACGAGCUGCAGAUGCGCCACUUUUUCCAGGAGGGCGACCUGGUGGUGGCCGAGGUCCAGUCGCUCUUCCAGGACGGGAGCGUCGGCCUGCACACGCGCUCGCUGCGGUACGGAAAGCUGCGCAAUGGCGCACUGGCGGUCGUCCCGCCCGUCCUCGUGCGGCGCCACAAGAGCCACUUUCUCUCGCUCAUGCAGCUGCCCGAGCGCGGCGUCGACUUGGUGCUCGGCCUCAACGGCUGGAUCUGGGUGUCGAAGCAUGUGCCCUUUGACAUGGCGAAGGCCGAGGGCGAGGGCGCCGACAGGGACGAGGCGAUGGAGACAGAUGGCGUGUACAGCGACGUGAACGAGGUACGUAUCUGGUGCUGA